AUGCUCGCUCGCUCGGUCUUUGUGCUGGCGCUCGUCGCCGCCGUCUCGGCACAAGUGACGCCCACGUCGUCGAUCGACCCGCUCAACGGCACGCCCUUCUCGACGCCGCGCGUCGUGCCCGAGCAGACCUUUACGCCCACGACGACGUAUGAGUCGGCCGGCUCGCGCACGCCCACCGUCGUUGCCGGCAGUGUCGGCCCCAGCGCACUCACGGACGCAUACACGUUCAGCUACAAUGCGCCCGUCAGCUCGCUCACAGGCACGGGCGUCAGCAACCUGCUCAGCAGCCUCGCCGCCAAGGGCCAGCCUACAACACAGGGCGCUGCGCUUGCGCCGAACCCGUCGGGCCUGCAGAUCGUCACGGACGCCGCUCCCGCACGGCUGGGCACGUCGGCCGGCAUGGCCAUGUGUCUCGGCGCCGUCGUGCUCGGUGCUUUCCUGGUCUGA